AUGCAGUUCGCACUUCCUCCCCGAAAAACCUCCCAACCACCACCGUUCGCUCGAGCCGCAGCCCUGAACAAUGCCUCGCACCGGCGGCGGCAGCUUCAACUGCUCGGCUACAUUGUCAUGGGAAUCCUGACGCUGUAUCUCAUCUGUGGCUGGCUGUUCUCUUCUCCCUAUGUCGCCCCAACCGAGAUCGAGCCUAAUCCAUCUGUGCUCCUUGUCACCGUGUUCAACGAAGCCAUCAUGUCGCAGCCGUUCAUGGAGUUGGUCAGAAAAAACCGCGAGGAUUAUGCCUCUCGUCACGGAUACACAAACUUCUUUACAAACGUGUCGACGUAUGAUGCGCUUGUUUCGCCAUCUCCGGCCUCCUGGGCCCUCGUUCCUGCGCUUCGUCAAGCGCUCACUUUACACCCAACCACUACCUACGUGUGGUCGCUUUCAGCCUACAGCCUGAUUACGAAUCCCUCGCUGUCGCUUUCAUCGCAUGUCUUCUCUAAUCUGACCUCAUUGAUGCAGAAGGAUGUGCCGGUCGUACCACCGGACAGCGUCAUCCACACCUUCUCACAUCUGAGACCAGCAGACGUACAUCUCAUUCUUUCGCAAGAUAUGGACAAUCUGGCGCCCACCUCUCUCAUUCUCCGCAAUAACCCUGCAGACGCACAAACUGGCGAGCCAGACAAUUGGGCGUUGUUCUUCUUAGACUCCUGGUUCGACCCUCUCUAUCGAUCAUACGCUUUUCAGAAAGCGGAACAGCAUGCCCUCGAGCACAUUGUGCAGUGGCAUCCGACGAUUCUAGCCAAAUUGGCCCUGGUCGAACAGAGAGUCUUGAAUUCGUACAACUUCGCGUACGGCGAGCGGGAAGGCGUAGACGGUGUCAAAAGGCGACACGAUGCCAAGUGGCAGCCUGGGGAUUUCGUGGUGAAUCUGAAGAAUUGCGAUUUCUCUGAAAAUAGGGACUGUGACAAAGAAAUGGCCGACUACUUUGCAAGGUGGCAGAAAGAGGUCAAGAAAUUGGAUGGUUGA